AUGUCGGCCAAGAGGGCAGAACUGAAGAAAACAAACCUGAGCAAGACCUACAAGGCAAUUUGCUUGGAAUUGAAGCCAGAGCCGACCAAAUUAAGAAGCGUUUUUGAGGCCAUGACACCAGCCAGGCCUGAGAUCCGUGGGGAGGUGAUCUGGAGUCAGGGGUCAAUCGCUAUUUCUGGCAGCCAAGACCUGUCCCAGACAUGUACCUACAAAGGAGUUAAACAAGAAGGGCUGCCCACCAAAACAGGAGUGACUCGGGAACUAAAGAAUGAACUUAGGGAGGUGAGGGAAGAGCUCCAGGAAAAAAUGGAGGAGAUAAAACAGAUAAAGACUAUAAUGGACAGGGAUUUUGACAAGCUUCAUGAAUUCGUGGAAAUUAUGAAGGAAAUGCAGAAAGAUAUGGAUGAGAAGAUGGAUGUUUUAAUCAACAUACAGAAGAAUAACAAGCUUCCCCUUAGAAAAGGACCAAAGGAGGAACUGCAGGAACUUGGGCUGAUGGGAAAGAGUAACACAGACCCACAGCUCAGGCUCAAGAAAAUGGAUGGAGCUGAUGGAGCACCCUCUGCUCUUCCCAAGAAAACAUUGGCAUCACAAAAACCAAAGAAAGACCCACUGGAUCCCCAUCAUCCAUGUAGGACCUGCUGUGAGAAAUGUUUGUUGUGUGCCCUAAAGAACAACUACAAUCAGGGCAAAAAGCUCUCGCACCAGGUCUGGGCACCGUUUUCACCCUUGGCUUCUGGAGCUGCCUUCUGAUUUAUCUGUACCUCAACCCCGGUGAGAUGGAGUACAUACUUCCAACCUAGUGCAGCGGCAGAACCUACCAGCAGCUCCGGCUCAUCAUCUCCCCACUUCCUGAGCUGCACAGAAAGGGCUGUUGCCUUCUUAAGUACCAUUCCCGCCCCAGGCCUCCACCGGAGAUUAAAAAAUCAUCAUUUAAAGCUAAAACUGAUGUCGCUGUUUUGAAUACUAACCCCGCACUUGAGUGUGGGGAGUGUCAUUCUUUUUUUUCUCAAUUGGCAUAUUUUAGACUCCAACCCCUCCUGCUUCCAGUAGGAAAUUCUAUCUUAGUCAUCCUAGAUCCUCCCCACCACCACCUCUCUCCAGCCACCUGGGUCUUCACAGGUCCCAGGUCAAAGUACCGGCAGGUCCCUGAUGAUAGUGGUGCCAGUGGUGUGGUGUCAGGAAAGACCCCUACACUGUGUGUGGGGCCUGUACACCUUGGGUGAUGCUGGGAGCCCCUAGGCCUCGAGUCCGGCCUGCAGUGCUCCCGGAGGCCUUGUCUGCAGGCAAGACUCAGGUCUCUGCUGCUCAUGGAACUCAGUGCUCUUUCUGGGGUCUUGGGCUCCACCCUCCUCACCUCCUCAAGGCUUUCCUCUCCCUCCCCUCACCCCCUGU